AUGGCUGCUCAUAAGAGGACAACCUCAACAUCGCUGCCGCGUAAACGCCGGCGUCCCGCUAAGUCCUGCGAGCAAUGCCGAGAGCGUAAGGUCCGCUGCGAUCUGCAACUGCCUUGUAGAGCUUGCCGACAUGCUCGGGAAACCUUGACUUGCACGUAUAGAGAAUCGCCGCGGCCGAGACCAUCUCAGACCGAUGUUCGGGCAGUCUCAAGAAGUCCGGACAUACCUGCGUCAACUCCCACUGAACGGGGUCAAUCUCAACAACAAUCUCGUGGCUUGGGGGAAACGAGCGGUAGUUCUCUACAGGACUUGGAGAACCGCCUGCGUAAAGCCGAGCAGCAAUUGUCCGAACUAUCUCAGACUCGAGAAUCCUGUGCUGUGAGUGGAGAUCUGACCAUUCCUGCCACCAUGCCUCGCCUGCGAAACACUGCAGAAAAGACGAAGCUGUUUGGACCGAGCCACUGGAUGUAUACUGCUGAGAAGAUUGCCAGCGGUCAAAUCGACUCAAAAGACAUGGAUCUCAGCAUGGUCGACCUAAAAGCAGAUAUAGCAGAUAUGGUUAAGGAAGGUCGGAACUUACGAAAGGCUGCAAAAAGCCAGCGAACAAUGCAACUCAACUAUCCUGUUCCUGACCUCUUAAGCACGUUUCCUGAAAGGCAGGUCUGUGAUGAAUUGGCAAGUGCUUAUAUACGGACUUUCGAACAAAUAUAUCGCGUUGUCCAUAUCCCUUCUUUCUGGAAAGAGUAUUAUCAAUUCUGGGAAGCACCCCAUGCAACAUCAACGUCAUUUUUGAUCAAACUAGGUCUUAUCUUCUCUAUAGGCACAACUUUCUACCCUAUCCUAGGAGAGUCGGAGCGUCUACGUCACUUGGCGCAAACGUGGAUAUAUGCCGCUCAGUCGUGGCUGGUAGGGCCUUCUGAGAAGUCAACGAGAAAUUUGGACGGUAUCCAAGUUUUCUGCCUUCUUCUCGUGUCGCGAAAAACAAACACUAUCGGAUCAUCACCAUGGCUGUCUACAGGUUCUCUGUUAAGAAUGGCUAUGACUAUGGGAUUACACCGAGACCCUCAAGUCUUUCCAGGCUUAGCGCCGUUUCAAGCAGAGAUACGGAGUAGGCUUUGGGCGACUAUCUUGGAACUAGUAGUGCAUGAAUCUAUCGACUCAUCGUCAAUGCCGCUAAUGAUUUCGCCUCGGGACUUCGAUAAACAUGUGCCUCAUAACCUCAGUGAUGCGGAUCUGUGGCCAGAUACUAAGGAAUUCCCUACACCAAAGCCAUUGCAACAGUUUACAGAGUCCUCGAUUCAAUUAUUGAUGCGACAAUCUCUGCCAAUCCGUAUAGAGGCGGCCAAACUGAUCAACAGCUCUGAUCCAGGGCAGUCGUAUAAUGCCGUGCUUCAGCUUGCUACAGACUUACAAAAAGCCUGCCGUGAUCUCACAGCCUACUUCCAACUGCACUGGUCACAAUACUCAGCCGAGACUGAACUACAUAGGAAGUUCCUCGACAUGCAAAUUCGUCGCUAUAUCCUACUGCUUCACCGGCCCUACAUGUUACAAGCCCAGCAGGAUCCACGGUUCUACAUUUCUCGGAAAAUCUGUGUGGAGUCGGCUAUGAUUAUCGCAUCAUAUGCUGAGAGCCUUCAGCUUCCUUCCCAGUACCUUGAUGACCUAUCACGUCUCAUGGUAAUGAGCACUGGUCCAUUUUGCGGUGCUCUCCACCUCGACAUUAUUACUGUUCUAGGCCUGGAGGUAACCAGUCAACUCAAAGAAACAACUGCAGGAUCAUCAGAAGCUGGCCAGCUCGUAACAGACCCCCUGGCCGAGAUGUCCAAAACUCAACGACAGCCUAUGGUUCGCAUCCUGGAGCAUAUCAACGACCAGAUGCUUCAAAUUGUUGCCCUAGGCAUUGCGAGGUUCAAGCGAUACAUCUUUCUCUCAGUCGUACUUUGUCAAAUAAAAGCAUUAGAGUCUGGUACAAGAGACAUCCGGCCGUUAAUGAUCAAAGCAGUCCAUGAGAGUGUGAAGAACUGCUAUAUGACGUUCCAGUCGUCUCAGUCAGUCAGCACCCCACAGGGCUCAAUCGAGACCUUGAUUUGUACCGAGUCGCCACUUGGGUUAGAUUUUGACCUUAUGGACCCUAAUCUGGAUUUUUCGGCAUUCUUUACCCACUUUAGUGGCGGUGGCGGUGAUUAUUGCGAUGUGUACCUCACGCACGACUCGAUGAGCGUGCGCAAGGCGCACAAUGCAGGAAGGAACCAUCUAAGGAACGUGUUGGAAUACUAUCAACAAAUCGGGCAAGAGAAGGCCCAAUCUGUUAUCGACUCCAUCACCUCGUCGUAUGCCGCCGAAGGCCAGGCCGUACCGAACCCCGCGAUGGCUCCUCCAGGCGCCUUCCCCCCUCCAUUCCCAUUCCCCGGACGUCCAGGCCAACUGCCACCUCCUCCAUUCGGAUUUCCCCCACCAGGAGGACCAAAUGGUGCCCCGGGCAUGCCUCCUCCUCCCGGAGCAAAGGGCCUCCCUUUCCCACCUCCCUUUCCCCCAGCCUCAGGCGCCCCAGGCAGUCUCCCACCUCUCCCCAACAUGCCCGCAGGAAACGUCCCCUUCCCCCCACCACCAGGCGGCUUCCCCCCGAACUUCCAAAUGCCAGGCCCCGGCGCUCCCGGCUUUCCCCCGAUGCCUGGUGCUGUCCCCGGCCAACCUGGUUUCAGCCCCAGUUCUACCCCCGGUAUAACCGGUCCCCCAGGCCAAGAAGGCGGGUAUGCGCCCCCGCCCGGUGCAGGCUCAGCGAAUCUCCCCGGGCCGCCGCCGGGAUUGGGCGAGCCUCGUUGA